AGUACUUUCACUGUCCCACCCUGACACGCAUCAUAACUCCCUCCAUUACAUAAGCAGUUAGCUGUUGUCUGUCCAUCGCCACCCUCCACCUACUUUCUGCGUACACAUGGCCAUCGCCACCUGCUUCUUCACCGCCUCUCUGCCUAACAACACAAAUCCCAAACUGAUCAAUCCCCAUCGUUCUUACCACCCCUCCUCAUCUCACCAUCUCCAUCUCCGCCUCUCUCUACCCUCUCCCUUCCCCUCCUCCCCCCGCCACCACCACCACCACCAUAGCGACCACCGCCUCCCGCUCUUCAUCACCACCUCCUCCGGAGGAGGAUAUGGCGGCAUCAACCAUCCCCCUCCCUCCGGCGGUGGCGGCGGAGAUAGCAGUGACAAUAACAACCACAAUGGUGACGGUGACAGUGCGGAGGAUAAGAAUAGGGAGGAGGCGAUGAUGGUUUUGGCGGAGGCGAAGCGGUCUGUGGAGAGUGUGCCGCAGGAUUUGGCGGCGGCUAUCCGGGCCGGGAGGAUACCAGGGGCCGUGGUUUCCAGAUUUUUCGAGCUUGAAAACUCACGGUUUUUACGGUGGUUGAUGCAGUUUGAUGGGUUUAGAGAGAGGUUGUUGGCUGAUGAUCUCUUUUUGGCUAAAGUUGGGAUGGAAUGUGGUGUUGGUAUGUUCACUAAGACUGCUGCUGAGUAUGAGCGUCGGAGAGAGAAUUUUUUCAAUGAGCUGGAAGUUGUUUUUGCAGAUGUGGUGAUGGCCAUAAUUGCAGAUUUCAUGCUUGUUUUUCUUCCUGCUCCCACGGUUUCUCUCCGAUCACCACUAGCAGGAAAUGCUGGACCUAUUGCAAAGUUCUUCCACAACUGCCCUGAUAAUGCAUUCCAGGUGGCUCUCGCUGGAACUUCCUAUUCACUCUUACAGAGAUUAGGUGCUAUAGCUCGUAAUGGAGCGAAGCUUUUUGUUGUUGGCACCGCCUCCUCACUGGUUGGUACCGCUGUGACAAAUACCUUGAUCAAUGCACGGAAAGCUGUGGAUAAGUCUUCUGCUGGUGAGGUUGAAAACGUACCUAUUUUAUCUACCAGUGUUGCCUAUGGUGUCUACAUGGCAGUUUCUAGCAACCUCAGGUAUCAAAUACUGGCUGGUGUUGUUGAACAGCGCAUCUUGGAACCUAUGCUACACCAGCACAAGCUCAUGCUAGGUGCACUUUGUUUUGCUGUUCGAACAGGCAACACAUUCCUGGGUUCAUUAUUGUGGGUGGACUAUGCUCGCUUGAUAGGAAUCCAAAAGGCUCACGAGGAGCACAAGGAAUUGACUGAUUAGUUCUAGAAAUGUUGGCUUUUCUGUGUUUUAAUCGCUUGAAGUAGGCAUGUCAACUUGAGGUUUUUUAGUUGCUGAACUACCGAAGUUUCAUGAAAAUUUAUACAUCAGAAAUAGUUGAUAAAGCUAGCGCUUUGUAGGUGGUCUCAGUUUCUCUAUGAUUCUUAAAUGUAAUUUUUUCCAUUCUCACUGUUGGUGUCCAGAUUUGGACACAAUCGCUGGUAAAUUUGAACUAUCGAAAGGGGAUAAAGGAGUGCAAGAAUAAACAUUUUGAUGUGAAUAA